CCUUUAAAAUUCUUACAAGAAGCAUAAGGUGUGUUUUUUUCUUACCAAGCUGUCUUUUGUUUCUUCCUUAAAAAGCAGCUCAUCUGCUGAGACCCGCUCCGAAACAUGUUUGCCGUUGUCAUUAUUUUUCAAAAAGCCACGAAGUGUUAGGUGUUUGAUGCAGGAGCGGUGGCAGUGAGAGGCACAGAAGCGCGAGAGGAGAGCUGCACGCGCCGUGCGCUGCGCCUGUACUGCAGCAUCUGCAAAGGACAAGUGAUAAUUUAGAAAAACUAAAAAACUCACCACUGCAAAGAGAAAAGCAGUAUCUCCGUUUUUUUUUUUUUCCUUCUUCUUUGAUUUCUUUUUCUUUUUUUUUUUUUGUUGACAAUAAACAUUAAGAGUUCAAGCUGGCGCACACUCUUCCAAACCAGAACAGUUUGACAGCUGCUCUUCACCCCCUUUGGAGGACUGUCAACAGCAAAAGGAUGGCAUCAGAACUGGCAAUGAGCAGCUCCGACCUGCCCACCAGUCCCCUGGCCAUGGAAUAUGUUAAUGACUUCGAUCUGAUGAAGUUUGAAGUGAAAAAGGAGCCGGUGGAGCCCGAUCGCAGCAUCAGCCAGUGCAGCCGCCUGAUCGCCGGGGGAUCCCUGUCUUCCACGCCGAUGAGCACGCCCUGCAGUUCGGUGCCUCCCUCCCCGAGCUUCUCGGCGCCCAGCCCGGGCUCCGGCAGCGAGCAGAAGGCGCACCUGGAGGAUUUCUACUGGAUGAGCGGCUACCAGCAGCAGCUCAACCCGGAGUCGCUGGGCUUCAGCCCCGAAGACGCCGUGGAGGCGCUCAUCAACAGCACCCACCAGCUGCAGAGCUUCGACGGCUAUGCCAGAGGGCAGCAGUUCGCCGGCGCGGCCGGGACAGGGGCCACCGCGCCCGGGGAGGAGAUGGGGUCUGCCGCCGCCGUGGUGUCCGCAGUGAUCGCGGCCGCCGCCGCCCAGAACGGGACUCCGCACCACCACCACCACCACCACCAUCACCACCACGCCGGCGCUCACCACCCGGCGCCAGGCGGCCCCUCGAGCGGCGGCGCGGUGGGAAGCCACCCGCACACGCGCGUGGACGAGCGCUUCUCGGACGAGCAGCUCGUCACCAUGUCCGUGCGCGAGCUGAACCGGCAGCUGCGGGGGGUCAGCAAGGAAGAGGUGAUCCGGCUCAAACAGAAGCGGAGGACACUGAAAAACCGCGGCUACGCGCAGUCGUGCCGCUACAAGCGCGUGCAGCAGCGGCACGUCCUGGAGAGCGAGAAGAGCCAGCUGCUGCAGCAGGUGGAGCACCUCAAGCAGGAGAUCGCGCGGCUGGCGCGCGAGCGCGACGCCUACAAGGAGAAGUACGAGAAGCUCGUGAGCAGCGGCUUCCGCGAGAACGGCUCGAGCAGCGACAACAACCCGUCCUCGCCGGAGUUCUUCAUGUCCUCCAGAAAAUUUCUACAUCUGUAACAGAGAAAUAGGAUCCCGUGCCCUCGGCCUCCAAGUCUGAGAAAACACAAUGGCAGAAAGCAGCUGGUAUAGAGUGUCUGACAGCACAGAGACUGGCACAAAGCACAAAACUGAGAUGGAAAGUUACUCAAGAAGAAGCAAAAUGCAGCGCAGUCCCAAAAUGAUGCUCCCAGAACUUCCAUUUUCUUUGUACCCUCCUGAAAGAUUCCUGCAUUUGUUUGAUUGUUUUUUUCCUGCUUUUUUCCCCCAC